AUGCGUUCAUUUCUCCUCGCCGGCGCGGCUCUCGUAGCCACAGCAUUGGCUCGCAACCUCCCCCACCGUUCUUUCUCCUCCCUGGCUACCAGGCAGAAUGGAGGCCUUCCUAGCUCUUUCAGCUGGACGUCCAGCGGUAUUCUAGUCUCACCAAAGAACGAUGGCAGAAACAUUGCCGGUAUCAAAGACCCUUCUAUCAUAGAGUACGAGGGUGUAUACCACGUCUUUGCCAGCACAGCGAAAGAAGAAGGCUACAACCUUGUGUACUUCAACUUCACCGACUUUGACCAGGCUCAGCAAGCGCCAUUUUACUAUCUCGACCAGAGUGCUAUAGGCACAGGCUACAGAGCUGCACCAGAAGUUUUUUACUUCGCUCCUCAGAAGCUCUGGUACCUCAUCUACCAGAAUGGCAAUGCCGCAUACAGCACCAACCCCGACAUUUCCAACCCUGCAGGAUGGACCGCCCCCGAAGUCUUUUAUCCCAACGGUACCCCCGCACUCAUUGCCGAAGGUCUCUUGAACCCGCAACAAGGCUACUGGGUCGACAUGUGGGUCGUAUGCGACGACGCCAACUGCCAUCUCUUCUCCCACGACGACAACGGCCGGCUUUACCGCAGCCAAACACCGCUCUCCCAAUUUCCCGCCGGCAUGAGCGAACCCGUUAUCGCACUCUCCGAACCCAACAAGAACGACCUCUUCGAAGCAUCAAACGUAUACCGCGUAGACAACAACACUUAUCUCUUACUCGUUGAAUGCAUCGGUGCGGGUGAUUCACCAGGUGGUUUGCGUUACUUCCGCUCUUGGACGUCGAGCUCGCUGAGCGGCAGUUGGACGCCGCUCGCAGCUACGCAGCAGAACCCCUUCAUGGGUGAGGCUAAUGUGGCUUUCCCUGGUGGAAGGUGGUCGGACAGUAUUAGUCAUGGGGAGAUUGUGAGAAGCCAGGUUGAUCAGACACUGACGAUUAAGCCAUGUGGCAUGAGAUUCUUGUAUCAGGGAAUUGCGCCCAAUGCGAGCGGGAGUUAUAAUGCGCUGCCGUGGCAUUUGGGAUUGGUGACGCAGACGGGGAACACGACGUGCUAG